AUGCGUCGAUGUUGGUGGGAAGAAAGCUUGCUGUCCGAUUGUUACCACUCCGACAACACCCUGGACCACCACACCACCAGAAACAUGUCCAGAUGGAAGCAAGGGGAGCGUUCGUAUGUUUUUAAUUCCUCUCUUUAACAAUAUUUUCAGCCUGUCCGUUAAAUGUAUGCCCUCCAUUAACCAAUACGCAAUGUACAACAGUCAACGGAUGGAAGAUGUGUUGCCCAAUUGUCACAACGCCUACAACUCCUUGGACAACAACGCCUCCAGCGACUUGCCCAGACGGCAGUCCGGUCGGGUCAUGUUAGUUUUUCUUUUAAAACACGCCAUAGGCAUUUCCCUUUCACGCCAACGGUUCUUUUUCAGCUUGCGCUCUCGGCGUUUGUUCACCACUGAGCAAUACAGAGUGUACCACGGUAGCCGGAAAGAAAGUCUGCUGUAAGUUUCUCCGUUGAGUAGUCUUAUUUCUUACAGGUCCUAUAAUUACAACCACAAGCACUCCGUGGACGACAACUCCACCAGAAACAUGUCCAGAUGGAAGCAAGGGAGGCGUUCGUAUGUUUUUUUGCCUCCAGUUUUUAACAGUACAUUUUCUUAGCAUGCCCGUUGAGUGUAUGCCCUCCACUGACCAAUACGGAAUGUACGACAGUCAACGGUUGGAAAGUAUGCUGCCCAAUCGUCACAACAACUACAACUCCUUGGACAACAACGCCUCCAGAAACUUGCCCAGACGGUAGUCCCGUCGGAUCAUGUUAGUUUAGCUUUUGAAGCAUGGGAAUAACCGGAUUUUUUUAUUCACGCUGACAGUUCUCUUUUAGCUUGUGCUCUUGGUGUUUGUUCACCGCUAAGCAAUACAGAGUGUACGACGGUAGCCGGAAAGAAAGUCUGCUGUAAGUUUCUCCGUUGAGUAGUCUUAUUUCUUACAGGUCCUAUAAUUACAACCACAAGCACUCCGUGGACGACAACUCCACCAGAGACAUGUCCAGAUGGUAG